CAAGUUCGACAAGUUCGUCAUGCCGCAGAUGGCCCUGCUCGUCCUUCUCGGCUAUCUCGACCGCACCAACAUUGGCAACGCCCGCGUUUUCGGCUUCGAGGAGGACACGGGCAUGCGCGGGACCGACUUCAACAACAUCUCCAUGUACUUCUACAUCCCCUACGUCCUCUUCGAGACACCGUGGGUGAUCGCCGUUAAGACGUGGGGCCCUGGUCGUGUCCUCGCCCUCGCCGUCGUCGCCUGGAGCGCCAUCACCAUAGGAACGGGCUUCGUCCACAGCUACGGCCAGACCAUUGCCGUGCGCGUCAUGCUCGGCUUCUUCGAAGCAGGACUCUUCCCGGCCCUCACGUUCACCAUCUCGCAGAUCUACCCCGCCCGAUCCCAGGCCAAGCGGGUUGCCGUGCUGUACAUCACCAUAGCGCUGUCUGGGGCUCUCGGCGGGCUGUUCGCCUAUGGCAUCCAAUCCAUGGGGUCGCGGCACGGGCUUUCCGCCUGGCGCUGGCUCUUUAUUGUGGAAGGUGUCAUAUCUCUGGUCCUGGGGCUCGUGUGUUGGGUCAGCCUUCCGGCCUCGCCCGAGACGGCUUGGUUCCUCAAUGAAGAGGAGAAGCGCAUCGUCAUGCGCAUCAAGGAGCGAAACCACCCCUAUAAGGAGACGGCGUCACUGGAUGUGUCCCAAGUGGCCAUGGCUUUAAAGGACCCCUUUCUGUACCUCGCGUCUGCCGCCCUGUUCUGCUCCUCCAUCGCCCUUUUUGGCUUUGGUACUUUUCUCCCCACGCUGCUCAGGGGCAUGGGAUACACAGCGCUGGAGGCCAACUAUCUCAGCAUCCCCGUGUACAUUUUUGCGUCCAUCUCGACGGCCAUCACCACCUUCGUCUCGGAUCGGCUCAGCAAGCGCGCCGUCUGCCUCAUCCACACGCCCCUGCUGGGUAUCUGCGGAUACGCCAUCGUCGUGGGGACAGGCCACAAGGCGGCUGGGUUCUUCGCCAUGUUCCUGGCCGGGGCGGGUAUCUACCCCUUCAACACGGUCCUGGUGACGUGGGUGUCCAACAACACGCAGCCCGACUCGAAGCGGUCCAUUGUGAUUGCGCUCCUCAUCUCGCUGGCGAAUGCGUCCGGGCUGGCCUCGUCCCAGAUCUACCCGUCCUACGAUGCGCCGCGGUACGUCAAGGGGAAUGCGAUCUCGCUCGCAGGGGAAGCUGUCGCCUUGCUGUGCGUGGGCCUGCUUUAUGCUUUGUUGAAGUAUCGGAUGCGAGAGAAGAAGCGUCUGUUGGACGAGAGUAAGGAAAGCAACGGCAAGCAGGGGGAUCGGAGCUUGCGUUUUCAGUACGUCUUCUGAGAAGCCUAGAGCACACAAUGGGAGUACGUUGGACAUGUAGAAAUCAG